CGCACAACGCAGCGAGUCGCCGCGUCGGCCCCAUCGAGAGAGACGAGCGUCGACGGACGACGACGACCAGCCGCUGGCUGCUUGCUGGCAGCAGAGUUGAGCAAACCGCUGGGUCGCUUGCUUGCUUAGCAAGCAGUCGGCCAGAGAGCCGGUCGCUCUCGACAGCUCAUAAUAGCGGCUGGCUGCAGCGAACGACGAUGAGCCAGUCGCCACCAGCCUCGUUGCAUGUCGUCGUCUCUCUGUCUGUCUGUAUACUCUAACCGCAAUACGCUGCUCGGCGACGGCAACGGUGGUGGCGGCGGCGGCGGCGGCGGCAUCUCGGCUGACUGCGCUGGCGACUCUGACAGCCCCGGCACGACGAUGAGUUCGACGAGCGAGCGACGAACGAAUUGACGCUGCUACAGCAACAAAAGUGGCGGCUCGCUGCUGCUACUACUACUGCUACCGCUGGAAAAGUACCUACGACGUUGCGUGCUGUAGAAACUCACGCGCGCGUCUACAGUCACUGCCGUCCAAAGUCGUCGUGUCCAUAUUGCACGCCCCAAAGCACAGCCACUGGUGCUCUCGAGCGGCGUUCUCGUUUGGCGCAGGCGCCGGUCGUUUAACCGCUCGGUCUAUACAAUAAUCCAACGGAACGCCAGAACGAGACUCAUCGCAAUCGACGACACUCGGCGAACUAGAUUUACCACUCUGCUGUGCUGUGCUUAUCCAGUAUACGUAUCGUGUUGGAGCGCAUUGUGAGUGUAGGUGUGAGCGUUGGGCGUCUGUGCGUCAACACCGAGAUCGCCAAACGCGUUCGUCGUCAGACGUUCUUAGUAGUUAGUAGCGACCGUUGUAUCAUUGGCGCAAACUAGCUAACGACUAGCCGCCGAGCGAAUCGCCAUAGGAAACGCCGUCAGCGCAGUGUAAUUAGCCGGAGUCAGCUGCAGUAGCAGCUGCGUUAGAACGUUAACAGCGACAAUUAUAGCGAGAGAGGCAAAGAUACAGAGAGAGCCACCGUUUCGUCUUGGCACCGUCUGUGACUACGAGCCGCAAAUUGAAGAACUAUCGACUGAGGUGGCAGCAGCAGCAGCAGCAGCAGCAGCAGAGGAGCGUAAAUCAACAUCCUCUCAAGAACGGAAUCGAAAAAGCUAAAAAAAAAACAAAAAGAACCACGAAAGUGCUACUGUUGUAGACAUCUCUGAGUGCGUAGGUGGCCGAAAACGGUUUUCCCUAGAAAUACGAGCCGGCAAAAUCGAUCAACGAAACGCAAUGUAUCAUGUUGGGUUCGACGUGCAAGCCCACUAGCAACGAAAUAGCCGUUGCUCGGUACAUUAUGUACUGAAUACAUAGUCAGCAGUAACUACAAUAGCAAUCGCAUUGCUCCAAUUUGAUUUCCUCCGUCCACCGAUACCCCAUUGGUCCCGGUGGACGACGUCGACGCCGCACAGACAUAGAAGAUCCAUAGAGAGCAGUUGGGUCGAAUUACCACUUCUGCGGCGUCUCUGUCUGUCCAGCGCGCUGCUGAGUUAGUCGAUGUCGACUUAAAAGAACGGAUGUUUCAUCACGCGUCGAUAGUACAUAUCGUUUAGCCAGAAACACCACUGGCUUCUGUCCUCCCGCGGCGUCUGUUUACGUGUCACCGUAGCUUAGUUUUUGUUCCAAGCAGCGUAGCUAGGCAUACUUCUCCGUAUAUAUAAUAACAAUAAUACAUAGCUUGAUUACAACGACAACUUCGGAUCGUCGCAGAUGCUUCGCAGUCUACUGACGACAGAAUCGAUGGAGACGGAGGUGGUCGACGCCGACGUCGGCUGCAACGAAGAGGUGGAUCAGGCGUCAUCCGGUGCGAACGACGACAAUGCAGCGUCAGCGGCGACGAUCAACGUAAGCGGCGGCAGCAGCGGCCACAGCAGUGGCGGAGAGAUGGCCGACUCAGAGAUGAAGGAGGAGAUCGUCGAGGAGGAGGUAGUUUCGCCAGAAGGGGAGGUCGACCUAGCGAACGCGGCAGAUGCCGCUGACGGUGAUGCUGACGGCGAAGGGGAGGCGGCUGAUGCCGACGCCGCUAGCGAGCCCGAGGCGGCGCCCGCGUCAGCGACAGCCGGAGCCAGCGGUGCUGGUGGUACCCCAACCGGCGGAAACGGUGGGGGUGGUGCAAGGAAGGACAAAUCGAAAGGAAUUGGACCCGUGUACCACACACCCGGCUCGAAUAUGAAACUCAUUAAGCUGGUUCGCAAAGAACCCUGUCUGUGGGACCCCCGACACGUGCAAUACAGGGACUCGGCUAAGAAGGACAAAUGUUGGGAGCAUAUUGCACGACAGGUCAACAUGCAGAUUGGACAUGCCAGACAACGGUGGAAAAGCUUACGAGACACAUUUACGCGAAAGGUGCGCAAGAUAGCCAUCAUCGAAGCAGCCGGUGGUUACAGUGGAAGCGGCGAAGAUCCUUGCCAAUGGAAGUACUUUCAGCAGCUCAAGUUUCUCGAACACGUGAUUCAUACGCAUAGGCCGCGGCUACAGCCUGCAAAUGGCUCCAAUGGUACCACGCAGCCAACCAAAAAUCCUCUGGCGUUACCUAACCUUACACUCUCCAUCAAUCCUCUCGACUGCGACGAUGAAGAGGAAGAAGAUAUUGGACCGCAACGGGCUUGGCCGCUACAGGAUGAACGCGAGCUAAUUCAUUAUAUGCGCGAUUGUCCUCUACUGUGGAACAAAUCCGACCUGAACUUUAAUAAUGAUGCCUCAAGAGAUAUGGCCAUUAUUCAAAUUCAUACCAAUUUCCAGGAACGGUAUACCUGGUCGGAAAUUCAAAACAAGAUCAAUUCGCUCGUCAAGAAGUUCCAUGAGGGGGACAACUCGUGGAUUCAUCAGGAGUCGUUACAAUAUAUUGCCAAUACGAUCAACGGGGCAGCUGCGGCAGCAGCAGCGGCGGCCGCCGCCGCUGCCGCAGCGGCUGUUGCCGCCGCAUCGAAAUCUGCUGGAGCAACAACGAACAGCAGCGGAACGAGCUGCAGCAACCAUCAUGACAGCUCAAUGAAGGCUGAGCCUAUGGACAGCGAUGAGUGUUCGCAGGACUGCGGUUCGCUAUUACCCCAGGUUGAGAUAGACGAAGGCGAAGAGGUGAAAUCUGUUACCGUAUCAACAACGACAAAUGCUAGUGGCUGUCCCACUGUCAAAGUGAUCUCGACUUCGCUGUCUUCAUGUGUAGAUACCGCCCCCAAGACAACUGUAGCCAAUGGAGCCCCUUCGGCGGCGAGUCUCGUGCAAGCCGCCCAGGCAAGUCAAACGGCAGCCGCUCUUACCUUGCAGAGCCUUCCGGCAGCUUUUCACAAUGGAACGGGUGGCGGGGACGGAAGCCAGUCGGCAGCACCCAUCAAGAUCAUCACUGUUUCGCCCAAUGGCACAACACAAAACGCAACUAUUGCACUCGGAGGUGCCACUGGGAACGGCAGCACGAUCCUGAUUCCAUCCGGUGGUCAGAGUCUUCUACAGAUGUUACAAGCUGCCAAAGCCGCGACUGGUCAAGAGGUACUUGCCACGCCAAAGGAAAAGAGAGCUGCGUCGAUCGAGAAACGUAUUGACACAUUCACAACGUGGAUCAAAGCGUACCUAGCCAUGGUUGAGCCAGACGACCUUGAUCGUAUCGAACUCGAAAUUCAUGAGCUGAUGGUGAAGCACACCAAACGAACCAAGGGUCACCAGUUUAAACCAAAAUCGCGUAGCCAUAAGGCUAAAAAGGUUGCCGCCGCCGCCGCCGCCGCCGCCGCCGCCGCCGCCGCCGCUGCGCAAGUGGCUCAGGUGGUGCCGACGGAGGCUAACGGGGUCGUGCUUACAAAUGGACUUCUCAAGGAGCUUAAACAUGCAGCUGCUUUGAAACUGGUCGAGCAGAACCAACAUAUCGCUCUAGCAGAUGUCAUCGAAUCGUGAAGGGCUGAGAAGAUUCGAUUCUCUCCGAGUGCGCAUUAUGAUGGUAGGGCGCCAAUACGGAUGUCUUAAUGACUAACAAACAGGUGGAAAUAUAGUCGCAGUGUAAUCUGUAAUAAUGACGAUGGUGUGAGCUCGAUGAGAAAAGAUAAUUGGACAAGAAAAGGACGGAUGGGAAUUAGAUUAAAUCGAUCCAGGCUCGGAGAGGUGCAAUGGAGUUUCUGGCAAAACGAGAGACUUGUUGGCAACUUAUGUAUCGCAAUGUGACGACGAUGAAAUGUACCUAGACAACUUUGUCGUAGAAAGGAUCUUCACGAAUAAUCAAUCACUCCUCUCAUUACAGCAAACGUUACGGCGUAUUUUAAUGACCAUUACGUAAUUGAAAAAUAAUACAAUAAUUAGCUACAUUAUAACACGCGAACAAAAGGAUUAAGGGAAAAAAAAAAAAAUCAUAUAUUUUAUGAACGAACGGUGUACACGCGUAUUUUGAUAAUUACAUUAUGAAUAUUAUCAUUAUCGAACACUCUAUUGCUUCAGUCCCUGUACUCUGUGUUAUGAUCUCCCUAUUGCUGAUAUAUAUAUAUAUAAUUUUUUAAUUGAAUUAUAUAAGUUUAUAUCUUGAUCGUUAAGCUUCAUUAUUUGUUAUUGUUUUAAGUAAACAGCUUGCCUUGAUUCUUGCACGGGCAGAACUUUUCCGCUUAUUUAUUGAUUUUCUUAUUUAUGUGGUCAAUGGCUGUCGUAUGCCAUUAUUACAUAAAAUUACACAAGUACGAAGCGAAUCUCACUCACUUUUGCCGUUCAGUUUUGUUGCAGUCAAAUAGGUAGUUCUGUGACGAUGAUCCUCUUGCCAAACACCCAAAUCCACUGGGUUUGCGGAGUCAGUGCACCCACAUAUGUAUUCUCUGCCUGGCGUUGUCAUGCUUUAAGUAAACCUGCCAAAGGAUGUCGAAUACUCCAAAGAGUGAUGACUGACCAUAUAUCAAAAAAGCAAUGAUCCACAACACCUCAAAUAUAUAUAUAUAUAUAUAUAUAUAUAGAUAUACAUAUAUAUAUAUAUCUAUACACUUACGAGUGAAUAUCAUUGUCGCGUUAUAAAUGAUGCUGUAAAUAAGGAUCAUACUCAAUGGAAGGUCGUCAACAAAGUGAGCUGGUACAUGUAUUAUAACACUAAUAAUAAAC